GGCACGAGCGAACAAACCUGCUUCCCGCAUUACAUGCUACUCGUCCCUCUCUGUCAAAUGUCCAAGUCUGUCUCUUUUUCACAAAUUCAAUUCUUUUCUUCCGUCGUCAGUCUCAUUCACAUGAAUUUUCUUCCACAAACAUCUCCUAAUUUUCUCAGACAGUCGUUUUGAAGUGUAGAUGGAGAGGCAGAGGAGUUUCACAUUGAAAUCCACGAGAUUCUUGGUAUUUUCCUUCACAAUAUCGUCUUCUAUCAUUUUCCUCACCUUCUUCUCCUUCUGGGUUUUCAAAUUUAACCCUUCGAUUCGUCAAGAAACCCAUCUUGGACUCAAUAAAUCCUUCCGCAAUCUGGGUCUCACUCCCUCGACUGUGCAGGCAUUGACUGGUUUCACUGGAAAUUUCUCCGAGAUUUCGAUUUUGAACGAUACCUAUUUGAGUGUACAUCGAAAUACUACUCGGUAUGCUGAAAUUUCUGUUUCUGAUGGGCUUGCACAGCAGAAUGAGUCAAGAGUGUCUGAAGAUCAAAUCCCGGCCGUGGAAGUUAUGCUCGAAGCUUCACCUGAGAAACUUCAGGUUUCAGGCGGUGAAGCGGUUGAGGAUGUGAAGAGAGAAGCAAGCUCAUAUGAGAAACUUGAACUAUUGAACAGUGACGGGAACGAAGAAAGGCAUAACAGAACUACUUCAAUUGAGAGAAUUGGAGGUCCAAGUACUGGGAGUAUAGUAGAGAGAAGGACAGGAGACUGUGAUAUUACCGUAGGGAAGUGGGUCUAUGAUGAGAGCUAUCCUCUCUACACAAAUGGUUCCUGUCCUUUCAUUGAUGAAGGUUUCAACUGUCAAAGUAAUGGAAGACAGGAUCUAGAUUAUACGAAGUGGAGAUGGCAACCACGAGACUGUGACAUUCCCAGAUUCAAUGCUCCAAAAAUGCUGGAUUUGAUCAGAGGAAAAAGGAUGGUUUUUGUUGGUGAUUCAAUUAAUAGAAAUCAGUGGGAGUCUAUGCUGUGUAUGUUAAUGGGAGCGAUUAAAGAUCCAAAGAGGGUUUAUGAGACUCGUGGGCGCAGAAUCACUAAGGAGAAGGGGAAUUAUAGCUUCAAAUUCGUGGAUUAUCGGUGUACUGUUGAAUACUAUGUGACCCAUUUCUUAGUUCAUGAGAGCAAAGCAAGAGUUGGGCGGAAGCGGGCACAGACCUUGCGAAUUGAUACUAUUGAUCGUGGCUCAUCAAGGUGGAAAGGAGCCGAUAUUUUGAUCUUCAACACUGCACAUUGGUGGUCUCAUCACAAAACAAAGGCCGGGAUCAACUAUUACCAAGAAGGGGACCAAGUUUAUCCCCGGCUCGAUGUUAAGACAGCAUUUAGAAGAGCCUUGAUGACUUGGGCAUCAUGGGUUGACAAACACAUAAACCCAAGAAAAACUCAAGUUUUCUUCCGAAGUUCAUCGCCUUCCCACUUCAGCGGAGGUCAAUGGAAUUCGGGUGGACAUUGUAUGGAAGCUAGUCGACCCCUCAAUAACACUAUAAGCAUCGGCUAUCCUGAGAAGAAUAUUAUUGCAGAGGAGGUUCUGAAGCUGAUGAAAACUCCUGUCACGUAUUUGAAUGUGACGAGGGUUUCUGAGUUUAGGAUCGAUGGUCAUCCAUCUCUAUAUGGGAGAAAAACAGGAAAGUCUUUGAGCAUUCAGGACUGUAGCCAUUGGUGUCUUCCUGGUGUUCCAGACGUAUGGAAUGAAUUGUUGUAUUUUCAUUUGCAAACUAAACAAAGUAAAAGUUUGCACUAGAAGUGGUUUUGUGUUUCAUAGCUUAAUUGUCAUGUCAUUCUUUCAAGCUUAUUGAUCUCUUGGGGCUUCUUGUAUUCAGGAGAUGAAAAUGUCUCUGAUUUUUGGAAAUGAUCCCGAAAAGUGGUGUAAGUAGGGAAGUAUAUUGUAUGAGAAUUAUUAGUGCAGUGUUAAAACUAUAUUGUAUGAGAAUUAUUAGGGCAAAUGUUAAAAC